AUGGUGAUCCUUGGAUACUUCUAUACCAGUUUAUUUUUUCUUUUGACUUUACAACAAUGGUCAAAUGCUUUACCUAUAUUCGAAACAAAAACACAUUUUACUGAAAUGACAUCAUGUGAAUUAUGCAAUUUUCUAUUACCUAUUGCAAAAGAUCUUAUUGCCGUUGAUGAAUCUUCAUGGAUUGAAAAAAUAGGUGUAACAUUAUGUGAAUAUUUACAUCUUGCUGAUGAUGCAGUAUGUGUUGGCAUGAUCAAUGAAUAUAAUCAUGUACUUAUUGAAAUUCUUCGUUAUAGUCCUUUAUCAACAAAAGAAGUUUGUGGAUUAGCUUUCGGAUGUAUACGACAAGCUGAUAUUCCUGCUCUUAAAUGGAAUGUUACUAUCCCUCCACCAUCCAAACAAAUAAUUUCUUCUUCAUAUUUGUCUAACGUUCAUUUACCUACUAAACAAACUCUUACAGUUCUUCAUCUUGCUGAUUUACAUAUUGAUGAACAUUAUCAACCUGGUUCAAAUGCUAAUUGUGGUCGACCACUUUGUUGUCGUGAUGGCACACCAAAAGAAGGUGAAAUAGGAGCAGGAUUUUGGGGUGAUUAUCGUACAUGUGAUCUACCACAAUGGACAGCCAAAAAUAUAUUGAAAUAUAUUGUUCAAAAUGAAGAACAAAUUGAUUUUAUUUAUUUUACUGGUGAUAUUGCUCCACAUGAUGUAUGGCAACAAACUCAAGAUAAAGAUCUCGAAGAGAUUUCUUAUACUACUCGUUUAUUAAAAGAAACAUUUCCUAAUAAAAAAAUUUAUCCAUGUGUUGGUAAUCAUGAAUCUGCUCCGCCUGAUCUUUUUUCAACCUAUAAUAUGUCUUGGCUUUAUCCAAUCUUAGCUAAUCAAUGGAUUAGUCAAUUUGGUUUGAGUGAACAAACAAGAGAUACUAUUCUUAAAGGAGGUUAUUAUACUACCAAAGUUACAUCGAAUAUUCGUUUGAUUUCAUUGAAUAUGAAUUACUGUUCAGAGAAUAAUUACUGGCUUUUUAUUAAUUCAACAGAUCCUCUUGGUCAAUUGCAAUGGUUAAUUCAAUGGCUUCAAUAUGCCGAACAACAUCAAGAAAAAGUUCAUAUUAUCGGUCAUCAUCCACCUCGAAUGUGUAUGGUAUCAUUUAGUUGGGCUUACUAUAGUAUUAUUAAUCGCUAUCAAAAUACAAUAACUGGUCAAUUUUUUGCUCAUACUCAUCAUGAUGAGUUCAUGCUUUUCUAUGAUGAAAAAGAUUUUCAAAAGCCAGUAUCUGUUGCUUACAUUUCACCUUCAUUUACAACUUAUCCAAAUCUAAAUCCAGGUUACCGUGUAUAUACAAUUGAUGCUGAAAAUACAACAUUCGUAUUAGAUCAUCGAACAGUUAUUCUUAAUUUAACAGCCACCAAUCUUUACAAUACAACAACAUUUAUAAAUGAAUAUUCAGCAAAAUCAGCAUAUGGUAUGAAAGAUCUUUCGCCACAAGAAUGGAAUCAAUUGAUAUUACGAUUAGAAAAUGAUAUAGACGGUGAAACAAUGGGAUUGGUGUAUCAAUUCUUCAUGAAAUCAUCUGUUGCAGGCAAUAGCUGUGAUCGAACAUGUCGAAUGAAGUUGAUUAAUUGUAAUUUAAAAACAGCCAGAGCGCAGGAUACAACUUUUUGUUCAGAAUUUUUAUAA